AUUCUCGGAAACUAUGGAAACCAGAUUCGUCUGCUAAUGAACACACACAGUCAAACACAUUGGUUUGUAGAAAAUUUCACAAACGUAAAACAGGAAACAAAAUAAACAGAAAUGGCUUCUAGUCGCCUAGAAAGAAUAGGAACUAUAUAUACAAGGGUACGAGGUCUUCUUCGUUCCGGUGCUAUGAAACAGGAGGAUAAACCAGUAUGGUACGACGUUUAUGAAGCAUUUCCUCCAAAAAUAGAACCUUUUCAUGGUAGAAAAGUCCCCGACAUGGCUGUUCGCAACAUCCUUUACCCAGAAGACAUUAUAAGAGCGAAAUUCUACGAAAGAUAUGGUUCAUCUGGGCAAAUUUCGCUGACAAACAAGUAUCCUACACCUUGCCAAAAUUUUUUGGAUAAAUAUAGGGAAAUGGAAAAAGACUAUGCAGAUGAAAAUGAACUUUUUGAAGCUGUUGUAAAAGUUCUACAAGAAGAAAAAUCAAUGUUUUCUUCGUCCAAUGAACAACAAAGCCGUGAUACCAGUAUGGCUUCCAUGUUCACUUCAGUUAACAAAGAAAUAUCUCAGAAGUCUAAAAUUAAUAUAGCAGAUGUGUUAUCUGAGAAGUAGUUUUUCCCCUGUUCUUGUGAUAGUAUAUAGUAUUGAAAGGAAAAGACAUGAAUAAAAUCAUUUUUCAUCUUCUA